UUUCGGAAGAAAAUUUUUUUUCAUUUUUAAAUAAGAAUUAAAUUAUUUUAAUUGUUAAUUGUUAACCAUUAAUUUAGAAAAAUAAUAGAUGAUAUGCUAAUGUGAAUGAAGUUUUCUCGGCGAUUAACUGUUUGUAGACAGUUGACUAUUCUUGGAUAUUCUAGUUUUCCAAGGAAUCUGUCAUCAUCUUCAUCAUCUUCUUCAUCUGGAUCAUCAUCAAAAUUAAAAAGAAACAAUUAUUAUGAUGUUCUUGGAGUUAAUAAGACUAGUUCACGGAAGGAUAUUCGAAGAGCUUUUAUUGAGAAGAGUAAAGAAUAUCACCCUGAUUCCAUAUCAAGAAGUGACCUUUCCAGUGAACAAUUAAAGAGUAAAUUUCAAGAGAUUAAUGAAGCUUAUCAGACACUUAAUGAUCCAAUGGAACGUCAAGUUUAUGAUGAAAGCAUAAGAUACCCAAGAGCAGGAUACUCAGGUAACAGUAAUUGGAGACAAGGAGGUUAUGGAAAUUAUAGUGACUAUCAACAAUAUCGAGCCCACCAAGAGUUUAUGAGACAACAAGGACAUUAUUGGGCUAAUUAUAAUCGGCAAUCGUUCAAUCAGAGUGAAGAUAUUUCAUGGAAAAGCUUUUUUCGAUACAAAAUGGGACAACCCAUCACUGUGGCCCAUUUCCUGCUCUUUAUCUUCGUCGUUGGUGUUACAAUUGAAAUUUUCCAUACCGUUUAUAUCUUCAGAUAUUUCGCUGCUGUCAAAAGAGAAAGAGCCAUGUUUGGACCUGAUUGGUUUGAGAAUAAUAAGAAAUUCAGUGAAAUCGAUGAUGAUGAUGAUGACGAAGUUGUUGAUAGGUUAGUGUAUAUGGAAAAAGAUAAACACAAUUCGUCAAUGAGAACACAACCAACAGCUGAUUAAGAAAUUGAUUUGAUAAUCUCAUCUGAUUCUCAUCGAUUUUGUAAAAAUUUCUUCUUCUCUUACUUGUUUCUUUGCCUCAUCUGUGAUCAAACAUUUUAUCUGUAAAUCAAUCGAUCGCCAAUUCAAAUCAGUAGAUUUAAUUUGUCAAAACAAGAAAACGAUCAUCAAAAUGAUAUGGAAAUUAUUUCUCUAUGGAUCUAAUAACUUGACUCACUUCAACCUCUAGACAAAUUCAUCAUCGACAAUUUAACAACAAUUACGAUAUAAUGUACAAAGAAAUUUAAUCGAGGUAAACAAAAACUUACCAUAGUUGUAUUUAAAUCUAAUGUAUAGUUAAUCAUAUUAAUUUUAACAUUGUUUGAUUGUCGAUUCCUAAUCAAGUCUACCUUGUAAUGCCUUAAACGAUUCUAAUAGUUAUACAACAACAACAAAGAGAGAAAACAAUUAAAAACAAUAUUUUACAAUUAAGAUAA